ACCUGGUAGUAGACCAGUGUCAACAUGACUGAGAAGACACAUGACCUGGUAGUAGACCAGUGUCAACAUGACUGAGAAGACACAUGACCUGGUAGUAGACCAGUGUCAACAUGACUGAGAAGACACAUGACCUGGGGCCUGUUGCACAAAAGUAGAAUUAAGACAUCCGGGAUAAAUGACUCAGCUGAGCUCAAUGAAGCCAAAACAUGUGCGUCCAGGCUUAAUUGGUUGCACAAAGACCAAGCCAGGAUGAGCAGACACGGAUUCAUUAAACCAGGUGAAACCAAUCCUGGAUAGGUGCGCGCUCACGGCUCACUCAAAUAGACCCCGCCACAGAUCACAGAUUAACUGAUUUACCAUGGCAACUAGAGCCGCGUACUUUUCCCCGUCGGAAGCACAAAUCCUCAUGGAGGCAUACGAGGAGGUAAAAGAUAUAAUUAAGAAGAAAGGCAACACCGCCACAGUGAUAAAGCAAAGAGAAAAAGCGUGGCAAAGUAUUGCAGACCGCCUGAAUGCAUUAAACAUGAACGGGCCAAAAUGGACAUGGCAGCAGGUCAAAAUCAAAUACAAGAACAUUCUGCAGAAUGCAGUGAAAAAGAAUACCCACAGACAAGGCACGGGUGGUGGGUCACCAAAGGCUGACCUUACCCCAGCAGAGGACAUGGCCUUGGCGCUAAAUAAAGGCAGGCCCGUCUUAGAGGGGAUCCCUGGGGGGAAAGAGACGAGCAUAGGUUCCUCCCAAGAUGCCACCCGCUUCAUUCAAGUGCCUGGCAGCACUGUGUUCCUGUUAGAGCCACCAGCACAAGCACCAGACGAUGCUGAUCCAGGUGAAGGCCCCAGUGCAGCAGCAACAGCACAUGAUGGAGACAAUGAUGAGGAGGAGACCAUCUCUCUGGAUUCCAGAAGGCAUGAGGACCCAGAUGCUAUACAGUGGGAAAACCAGCCUGGCAACAUAGUGCAUAUUAAUAAAAGGACACCACAUCCUGCCAAAUUCCAGCUGCGCUAAUUGUAUUGUGUUCACAGAGCUCACAAGCUAUCAGAAAGUUGUAUGGCAACCACCUCCGGCGCCAAAUAGAACUGGCAGACAUAGACAUUCAGUACAAGAAGAAAAAGAUGGAAAAUCUUGCACUGGAGUCCGAAAUAAAAAAGAGGACAAUUAGGAAACUGGACCUUGAAAUAAAAACUUGAGAGGGAGCUCCAAGAAGAUGACACAGCUCAAAAUAAAAAUUAGGUAUAUUCUCGUAAAGUCAAGUGAGCCAUGACAUAUGAGCUCUUAUUGUGAG